AUGGCGAAAGCACCAACACCCCGUUGUAUCAUUGUUCGUCACGGACAGACCGAAUGGUCGAAAUCUGGCCAAUACACUGGACUCACUGACUUGCCGUUGACUGAGUACGGUGUGGGUCAGAUGAAGAGAACUGGAGAAUCUAUCUUCCGCAACAAGUUCAUCGACCCUAACCAAAUCACCUACAUUUUCACGUCUCCCAGAACCAGAGCUAAGCAAACCGUGGAGCUCAUCUUGGAAAACUUGACCGAGGACCAGAGAGCCAAAAUUCGUGUGGUGGUCGACGAAGACCUUAGAGAGUGGGAGUACGGUGACUAUGAAGGUCUUUUGACCGAGCAGAUCGUUCACCUGCGUAAAUCACGCAGUUUGGACCAAGACAGACCUUGGAAUAUCUGGAGAGACGGCUGUGAAAACGGCGAAACAACCGAGCAGUUCGGUCUCAGGCUCUCGCGUGUCAUCGGUCGGAUCCAGAAUCUACAUGGGAAGCAUCAAGCUGAAGGAAUUGCCUCAGACAUAAUGGUGUUUGCCCACGGCCAUGCGCUACGUUAUUUUGCAGGUCUUUGGUUGAGAUUGGGCCAAGAGAAACAAUGUGACGGCAAAGAACCACAACCACCUACUUACCAGGAUGAAACUGUGCCCUACGUUCCCUUGAAAUCCUACCGUCAUCUCGUUGACAACCCAAGUUUUUUACUAGAUGCUGGUGGAAUUGGCGUCCUGUCAUAUGCCCAUCACAGCAUCGACGAGCCAGCAUUAGCUCUGGCCGGUGCAUUUGUGUGUCCACCAGAGGAGGAGUCUCAACAUGGCUCAACUGCUGAGUAG